AUGGCGACACCGGGCCCGGCGAACCGCCGCUGCCUCCGCUUCCCGGCACACGUGAGCCAUCAGCUGGGCGCCGCCAUCUUGGACCGCCCCCUCCCCACCGGAGCCGCCAAGGGACAAACUUCUGCCAGAGCCACAAGCAGCACGCCCGAAGGCCAUGAAGCACCGUCUGCCCACCCCACCCAGGCCAAUGGAUAUGCCCACAGCCCGGGUCUAGAUGACUUCAGAGAUGGCUUUCCUCCUCCAUCUGAUAACAUGAUUGUGUAUGGUAGAGAGCGGCCUGUCUCAAUUACCCUUCAGAACAGCACACUGAAACCUUCAUCCACAGUUCUGUGGAAGAAAAGGAGGAAAUCUUCCAGAACACAGGUCUGUCUGUCCAAACUCAGCCUGCUGCAGCAAGUCAGGAGGGAUUAUGUUGCACAGAUAGAGUGCCGUCUGAAACAGAAGCCCGUAGUGCUCUACCCAUGCCUGGAGAAAAGUACCUCCCCAAAGCUCUCGAGAGAAGAUGCUGGUGUCCCUGAUCCUGAAGUGCUUUUGAAGAGCAAGGCUGGCUACAGUGUCUGCAAACAGGAGAACCACCCCCUUCAGGAGGUGCUGCAUCAUAUGGAGGACAUGCAAAGCAAAGUAACAGCUUCCGAGACGGGAGUACAUGGGAAGGAGUCUGGAGGCAAAGCCCUGUGUCUGUGGCUCUCCAAGAAGAAGGUAGCAGGACGAGACAAGGAGGCCGUGCUGACUGACUCUGCUCCCCUCGAUGAAAACAGAAAGCGAGCGAUCCGGCGUUACUGUGACUGGGUUAUGUCUUUGGGAGGAGGGAACAGCAGCGUGGAUGAAGAUACCCUCAUGAGCUUGCUCAAUGCCAGCUGUGAAAGGGAGGCCACUGGCCCCUCACCUUUACAUGCUGUGAAUUUCAACAAAGUGGAAGCAGAGAAGCCAAAGGGCCGGGAGAUUUCACCUCCCCGGUUAGCUGUCAGGAGUUCUCAUCACCUAAGCAGCCUGCCCUGCCAGGUUAAGGUCCCUUCCCAACCAAAAGGGGAGAAGAUCAGAUAUGGAGCGUGGUAUCUUGAUCCCACAAAGUGGAGAAAACAGAAAGCGAACGAACCAUUAAAAGCUCCAGAAGCAACACUCAAUAGCUUUGGGAAUGCAAAGAAAGGGUCUGAAAAGGUACUGUGA